AUGCAGGAAGUUUUCCUGAGCUGCUGCUUGUGCAGGGAGUAUGAAGCACGUGUGGAGAGAUACAGUGAGAGGAUCUGGACGUGCAAAAGCACAGGAAGCAGCCAGCUGACACACAAGGAGGCCUGGGAGGAGGAGCAGGAAGUUGCUGAGCUCUUGAAGGAGGAGUUCCCCAUCUGGUAUGAGAAACUGGUACUGGAAAUAGUCCACCACAACACUGUAUCUUUGGACAAGUUGGUGGAUGCAGCUUGGCUGGAGAUCAUGACCAAAUUUGCAGUAGGAGAAGAGUGUGACUUUGAGGUUAGUAAGGAGAAGAUGCUGCCUGUGAAAGUUGUGAAAAUGCAUCCCCUGGAGAAAGCUGAUGAAGAGGCCUCAGAAAAGAAAUCAGAUGGAGCCUGUGACUCCCCAUCCAGUGACAAGGAGAACUCCAGCCAGGCAGCCCAGGACAACCAGAAGGAAGCCAUCCUGAAGGAGGAUGACAACAGGAGGGAGAGUAUGAACGACCGAGCACGUAGGUCCCCUCGGAAGCUUCCCACUUCUUUGAAGAAGGAAGAAAGGAAGUGGGUUCCACCAAAACUCCUGCCACACAAAUAUGAUGUCAAACUGAAAAAUGAAGAUAAGAUCAUCAGCAACGUGCCAGCAGAUAGCUUGGUCCGUACAGAGCGUCCUCCCAACAAGGAGAUCCUGAGGUACUUCAUCCGGCACAACGCGCUGCGGGCUGGCACCUGUGAGAAUGCCCCGUGGGUCGUGGAGGAUGAGUUAGUGAAGAAAUACUCUCUCCCCAGUAAAUUUAGUGACUUCUUGCUUGACCCACACAAGUAUAUGACUCUCAACCCCUCAACCAAGAGGAAGAGCUCUGGAUCACCUGACAGAAAGCCUCCUAAGAAAUCCAAAGCUGAUGGGUCAUCCCUGGCCCAAACACUGAGCCCUACUCUGUGGUGCCACGUGCAUUUGGAAAAAUCUAUUAUUGCCUCUCCCCUGAAGAUGAAAAACUCUAAGAGUUCAAAAAGUCCUAAAGAGGAACUGGAAGAGGUGAUGAAAAUUGUGUCACCUGCUAAACUUGGUUCCAACUUUCACAUUCCAAAGAAGAGCCGUCUGGGGAAGGACAGCGACAAAUCCUUGGACAAAAAGCAGAGAGGUAAAAGGGUCCUGAAUGGGCAGAAGUCACCAGGGAAAUCAAAAUCUCCUAGGAAAGGCUUGAAGACCCCUAAGAUGAAAAUGAAACAAAUGACACUGCUGGACAUGGCUAAAGGUACCACUAAGGUGUCCAGGUCUCCCAGGAAUUCUGGAGGCACCCCUAGGUCUUCCAGCAAACCCCAGAAACAUCUCCCUCCUGCAGCUCUCCAUCUCAUUGCCUAUUACAAAGAAAACAAAGACAGGGAAGACAAAAAAAGUGCUCUUUCCUGUAUCAUCUCCAAAACAGCCAGGUUGCUCUCAAAUGAGGAUCGUGCCCGUCUCCCUGAGGAUUUGAGGGGGUUAGUACAGAAACGCUACGAGCUUCUGGAGCACAGGAAGAAAUGGGCCACCAUGACAGAGGAGCAGCGGAAGGAGUACAUGAAGAAGAAGAGGGAGAAGCUGAAAGAGAAACUGAAGGAGAGAGCAAAGGAGCGGAAGGAGAAGGAGAUGAAGGAAAAACUGGAAAAACAGAGAAGAUUUGAGGACCAAGAAUUGAAAGGGAAGACCUUGCCUACUUUUAAACUGGUUGAUACUCCAGAAGGACUUCCUAAUACGCUCUUUGGGGAUGUUGCCAUGGUGGUGGAGUUCCUGAGCUGCUACUCAGGGUUGUUGAUGCCUGAUGCUCAAUAUCCCAUUACGGCAGUUUCCCUGAUGGAAGCACUUUGUGCAGAAAAGGGAGGCUUCCUUUAUUUGAACAGAGUGCUGGUCAUUCUCCUUCAGACCCUGCUGCAGGAUGAAAUUGCUGAAGAUUAUGCUGAGCUGGGAAUGAAGCUUUCUGAAAUACCCCUGACUUUGCAUUCUGCCUCGGAGCUGGUUCGCCUGUGCCUGCGCAAGUCAGACGUGCAGGAGGAGAGCGAGGUCUCGGAUAACGUGGACGAGAACAAGGACUCAGCAGCUUUUGAGGAUAAUGAAGUCCAGGAUGAGUUCUUGGAGAAACUGGAGACAGCAGAGUUCUUUGAGUUGACUCCUGAAGAGAAGCUGCGGAUCCUUGGAGCUCUGUGCCACCGGAUCCUGAUGACUUACUCGGUGCAGGACCACGUGGAGGCCAAGCAGCAGGCGUCAGCCGAGCUGUGGAAGGAGCGCCUGGCUGUCCUGAAGGAGGAAAAUGACAAGAAGAGGGCAGAAAAACAGAAACGAAAGGAAAUGGUGGCCAAAAACAAGGAGAACGGGAAAGAUGAGAGUGUGAUGGGAAGGAAUGAAAAGAAAAAAAAUGAGAUGAUGAAAACAGAACACCGGGCAGAAAUAGAGGCUGAUAUGAUCAGUGCUGUGAAGAGCAGGCGCCUUCUGGCCAUCCAAGCCAAGAAAGAGAGGGAGCAACAAGAAAUACAAAUGAGAGUGAGGAUGGAAAAAGAGGCAGAGGAAGAAAGAAUCCGGAAGCAUAAAGCUGCAGCUGAGAAGAAUUUCCAGGAUGGAAUUGCCAAAGCCAAGCUGGUGAUGCGCAGGACCCCGAUUGGCACCGAUCGAAAUCAUAACAGGUAUUGGCUGUUUUCUGAUGAGGUUCCUGGCUUGUUCAUUGAGAAGGGCUGGGUACAUGACAGUAUAGACUACAAAUUCAUCCUUCCCCAUCAGAAAAAAGAAGAUUUGAAAAAGGACUGCAGCCCAGGAGAGAAGAGGAAGAGCGCGGGCGCCGCCGGCAGGGCGAGCAGGCUGCCCCGGGCCCUGCCUGCUGCAGACCUUCCCACCGAGACCACUGCACCCAAGCAGGGACAGAACUUAUGGUUUCUCUGUGACAGUCAGAAGGAUCUGGAUGAGCUGCUGGAUUGCCUGCACCCACAGGGAGUAAGAGAGAGCCAGUUGAAGGAGAGGUUGGAGAAAAGGUAUCAGGACAUCACACAUUCGAUCCAUUUGGCUCGGAAACAGAACUUGGGCCUCAAAUCCUGUGAUGGUAACCAGGAGCUGCUGAACUACCUCCGGAGCGACCUGAUUGAGGUUGCGACGCGGCUGCAAAAAGGAGGCCUGGGAUACAUUGAUGUGACACCAGAAUAUGAAGCGAAAGUGUACUCACUGGAGAGCUUGAGGGAUUUUGGAGAGUGUGUGAUUGCACUCCAGGCUGGUGUUGUUAAGAAGUUUCUGCAAGGUUUCAUGGCCCCUAAGCAGAAGAGAAGAAAACAUCAAGAAGACUACAUUGCCAAGGCUGAGGAGAUAGAUGAAGACAGGAAAAUGGCAGAAGAAGCUAAGGUUGCUUCAGCCACGGAGAAGUGGAAAACAGCAAUCCGGGAGGCCCAGACCUUCUCCCGGAUGCACGUGCUGCUCGGGAUGCUGGAUGCCUGUAUCAAGUGGGACAUGUCAGCAGAGAAUGCCAGAUGCAAAGUGUGUCGCAAGAAAGGUGAGGAUGACAAGCUGAUCCUGUGUGAUGAGUGUAACAAAGCCUUCCACCUCUUCUGUCUGAGACCCGCGCUCUACGAGAUCCCUGAUGGGGAGUGGCAGUGCCCAGCCUGUCAGCCUUCUACUGCCAGGCGUAGCUCCCGGGGCAGGAACUAUACAGAGGAUUCUGCUGAAGAUGAAGGUGAAGAAGGUGAGGAAGCUUCUGAUGAACCAGAUGCUGAGGAAGAGGAGGAGGAGGAGGAGGAAGAAGAUUAUGAAGUUGCUGGACUGAAAUUGAGACCCAGAAGGGCAGCCCAAGGCAAGCAGAGCACAGCCAUGUACUCCUUGAGGCAGGGGAGGCACCGAAGAAAGAAGCAGUCGCUGCACCCUGCCAGGGGACCCCGGCCGCAGGCUGCACCUGUCAACGGCGCUGACAUUGAUGAGCUGGUCCUUCAGACAAAGAAGACGGCACGUCGCCAAAGCCUCGAGUUGCAGAAGUGUGAGGAAAUCCUCAGCAAGCUGAUCAAGUACCGCUUUAGCUGGCCCUUCAGGGAGCCAGUGACCACGGAGGAAGCUGAAGAUUACUUUGAGGUCAUCAGCAACCCUAUGGACUUCCAGACUAUGCAGAGCAAGUGCUCUUGUGGCGAUUACCGCUCGGUGCAGGAGUUCCUCUCCGACAUCAAGCAGGUGUUCUCCAACGCCGAGUGCUACAACCAGAACGGGAGUCACGUACUGUCCUGCCUGGAGAAGACAGAACAAUGUUUGAUUGACAUGGUGCACAAACACCUGCCUGGCCACACGUAUGCACGCAGGAAACGCAGGAAGCUCUCUGCCAGGUGCCAGGGACUGGAGGAGCAGGAAGGGGACAGUGAGUCAGAGCCCCUUGAACAUUCCCGGGGGCGGAAAAGGAAGAAAUGAGGGACAGGGAGACUGGGGGAGAGCCAGAGCUGGAGCAGGCCGUCUGGUGCUGCAGGGCAGCUGGAUGGGUUGUCUGGAGGGAGCUGGGAAGCAGCAGGCACUUCUCAAUUAAUCCAGCCUUCCCUUUGGCCCAUCCUAGUUUUAAUUUUUCUGCAAUUUCCUCGAGUAUUUGGUCAUCCACUGAGUGAGCAGAGAUGACU